GAGAACUAGCUUGCUGUGAAUGUUGCUCUCUGACAAGGAUAUGAUGAAUUCGGUUCUUAUUGUGUAGCUAAGUUAGACGAUUUUGAGCACUGUUACCUUACCUCAGUUCUCUGAGACUUCAUCUAAAGUCAGCAUAUGUUGUCAUACAAGUGCUGGAAAUUGUGAAGCUAAGUAAUUGCUAUUUGUAUGAGGUACAUCGGGUUCACCGGCUCAUAGUUGAACUGCAGUCACAUUACAAAAUAGCUAAAUAAUCUAAAUGGCAAAUCCAGCUCAUGUAUCAAAGGUACGAUCAUUAUACAAGAGGAUCCUUAUAUUGCAUCGGUUUCUGCCUAUAGACUUGAGGGCACUCGGGGAUCAGUACGUGAAAGAUGAAUUCAGAAGGCACAAAGCUGCGUCUGAAGCAGAGGGUAAAUGCUUCAUGAAGGAAUGGGAGAAUUACAAAGACACGCUACAGACUCAGGUGCUGGAGUCGUUAGGAGACAAGACGAAGAAGGCUGACUUCGGGUCCGUGUUGCCUGAGGAGAAACUCAAACACUUCCAGGACGAGCAGAUCGGUCAGCUUUACGAGCUCAUGCUGGAGUCCACCAAACCCAACCGCCAAUUUGACAUCCAAGAGGAUGGCGUUCAGAAAUGAAGGGCUGAGGUGCCCACACAGAGAGAGAGAGAGAAAAAGAGGUUGAGGAGGAGAAGAGGCUCUCUAUAGGGGACCCUGUAUAGAACCUCUCUGUGUUUCACUGGGACAUAUCUUGACAUUAAAUACUACAUUCUGCAGAAUAAGUAAUUGUA